ACCCUGCGAGCAGAGGCUACAUUUUCGCAGUAUGAGCUGGCGUGCGAAAAGUACUAAUUUUAUUCAUGAAUUAGGGCUAGGAAAUAAAUAAAACUGAGAAUUGACCUAGGUUAAAAAAGCUUAAAAACUUUUGUCUUGCAUUUAAUUUCGACCUGUAACAUAUAACAAAAUGCAAAUUAACUAUCAGCAGACAAAAUAGUUUUAAGUGUCAGGAGUGCACUUAUACAGGAGUCAAUAAAGUAUAUUAAUAUUGGAGCGGCCAGAAACGUCAGUGGUGGAUCCAGGGGACGGGCGCGGGGGACCCGUCCCCCCCUUACUUUUAGAACCAAACUGAGGCCCAAAGGGCGGAAAAAAUGUUUUUUGGAGACCGCCCCCCUCAGCCCCCCCUUCUAUCUCAAGGUCUUGAUCCACCACUGAACACUGAGUUUGUUACACAUGUAAUUUAAGUUAGAGUAGACUGAUGGAACUGGAUUUAGUCUUGAACAUUUAUUGCUACUCAGUGUUUCAUGCCUCUUUUUCAGCAAUCAUCAUGCAAUUUUUAAAUUGCCUGAUGGUGCGGAACUUAAAAGUUCCGCAUUUUCUCAGGGCUACAAGGUCUGGUUUUACAUGCCACAGUCAGGUUGCAUAAGAGGCUUCUUGCCUGAAGUUAAAUUAAUUUGAAGCUGUUGCUUUACACUCUGCAGUCACUCUCUUUAUGUUGCUUGUCGCUUUUAAUACACAUAAUAAGGUGCUUCCAAGACAUUGUGGCUAUGCGUUGAAACGUAAAUUAACUGUGGGAUUUGAGCGACAUCCCAGUGGGGGAACUCAUUUUAGGGUAAAAAAUGUUUUAAUAAUUUUUUUUGGGUGACUUAUGGUUCAUCGAUGAUUCGGUUCUGUAGCCUGAAUAUUCCAGAUAAUGAUCAUUAGAGAAGCUGUUUUUCAGUGGCUCUGGCACAAUCUCAUUGCCAACAGCCACUAGACAUGUACAUAGUUAUGAAACUUUAAAAGAAACGUUUGAAAACUGUUUUCUAUUUUUUAAAGAAAAGUUUUGCUUUAAAUUGUUAUUAAUGUAAUUCAAAUUAUCUUGACAGCUAAACUUUCUAAUGCUCAGUUACACUGUAUAAAUAAUUGAUGUUUUAUUUUUAUUAUUAUUGUUAUUAUUAUAAUUAAUGAUAUGACUUAAUCUUUUUAAGUACUAUGAAAGUUUAUAAUGAGGUCAUGUCUAUGCACUGGGUGUAACACCGCUCUCUACUUUGAAGCUCCUUCUCGGCAUUUUCUUUGGGGCAAAUUAUUUUUGUAAUAGAACUCGCUUGUUUGUCCACAUUGCUAUCCUAAUCCUAGUCAAGUGGUCUUCAAUUUACUGCACUUUUCACAAACUUGCGAAUUGUGAAGUUCAAAAGCCAACUGACGAUUGCAUUUUUUGCUGCUGUCAAUCAACUUAAUGGACCUCUUAGGAAACAAAACUUUACUUUAACGGGUUGAAAAGGUCAUGGUUUGUGAUUGGUGGAUUUCGAUCCGUUUUGUGUGUUUUUGUGUUUCAAGGUUCCUUGCUUGUGAUCGUAAUUAUGAUUGACGGCAGCAAAAAAACGCAAUUGUGAAGGUGGCUUUUGAACUUAAGAAUUUGCAUGUUUGUGAAAAGCGCAGUAAGCUUUAACAGUCAUAAACAACUUGGACAUCUAACUUGUGCAAAGGGGAAGAGACCUUUUGAACCAUAACCAUACCCAUGAUGACAGCCACACAGGUUGAAGCAAAAUGUAAAAGAAAAACACAUUUUAAAGUGUCAACUGAAAAAUUGACUUGAAAAUUCCAAUGCCAGUUGAGGAGAUAAGACAGGAACCAAGGCAUGACCACUUGGUGUAACACUUUUUUAAUCAAACAGUCAAGAGAAUCACUAUUAGUCAAGUAACAGGAACAGUAUGGCAGAUGCCAGGCUAUGGCAUGCUGAUAGGUAAUACAUGUAUAUGUAGCUUCUACACAUGCCCAAACUUUGGGAGCUGAUAAUUUAUCAUCAGGAAUAGAAUGCAGCAUUAGGCAGCAUUAUGGGAAGUUUUGUUUCUUUUUGGCCAGACAGUAACCAGAAAACAGCUUGACUAGCCUCAAAGUGGGAUUUUCAGCAAAAGUUCUGGGAAAAAAUAAGUUUAAGUGGUUUAUUGAUGGGCCAUUACCAGAACUUGGUCAUGAUGUUUGGAUACCACUUAGCAAUGGCUCACUGGAUGGCAAGCCAUCCAAGCGUUCAUUCCAAUCACAAAGCUUUGAAUGUGUUUGAGCAAAGAGUUUCUCUAUUCUGCUCUGUUGAAAAUUAACCAAAAUGACUGGACUAGCAGACUUAAAAGAUAUUUGAAUUAACAUAAGAAGGCUUCGCCCAAUCGCACUCAUAGCUUUGUGAUCUGAAAUGCUUAGAUGGCUGGCCGUUAAGUGAGCCAUUGCUAAGUGGUAUCCAAUCACGUGACCAAGUUCUGCAUAGGGUUAAUUAUCUACUUAAAAUUAUAUUGCAAGUUUCUUGAAACCUUGCUCAAAUACAAUAAGGGUAGUGGCUAAACAUGUACAAUAAAUGAAGAAAAUAGGGAACCUAUAUGUACCCAUGUAACAAAUGCAGAUGAAACUGUGACAAAGAACUGAAAAAAUAGAUGUAAUUAAUGCCAUAAUGUAAUUAAAGUUAAAGGAUUUGUCUUUAAUAAAGAAUUGACGAGAAGGUGCUACCUUUGUUAAAUGUCUGCAAAUGGUUAGACCUUGUUGGAUAUUAAGGACAAGAUAAACAGUAGGCCAGGCUGUCUCACAGUGCUUUUACUGAUCUGAUUCUGUGGGUCGCAAAAGAACAUUCAGUCACUGAUCAUUUAGCAAAUGGCAUCAUCUACAUCAGCACUUUUCUUAGAGCCAAACUCAUUUGUGUUCUGCCACGUUAAUGCAGUUAAACUGUUCUAAAUCAUUGUUUUCUUUUUAUAAUAAUUAACUUAGUGUAUUUGUAGUGAAACAUGUACAUGUAGUUAUAUUGAAAGAACCUAGGUACCUACAUUACAUGUUUGUUAGGUUCUUGGUUAUAACAGAUGAUGAUAAAUAUAGAAUUCUCCAUUUUUUGUUUAUGGUAGUAAUGAGGGUUACCGAAAAUGCUUCAAUUACCUUAAAUGUUUUCUUUUUGUAUAAUUUCAUUUUGCUAGUUGUGUUUUACAUCUCAAACUCAAACAGAAAUUAUAAUAAUAAUAACAACAACAACAACAGCAAUGAUAAUAAUGAUGAUAAUAAUCCUAAUAAUUUUUAAAUAUGCAUGACAUCUUGUUGUUAAACUAGAGCGCAAUUUGUAAAAGAAAACUGGUGUUGCAUUGCGGACAUGACGAAAAGUUUAUUGAUAGUGGUCUUCUUUUUACUUUCUCUUUACAGGGAAAGAUACCAUGGCAAAGCAGUCUGAUCACAUAGUUGCACUCACUGACAUCGCCAGUGGUAAUGAAAUCGGCAAAAAUGAACUAAUUUCAGUGAAAUGUGAAGAGGAUCCGCUUGAGAGUGCCGAAGCCACUGAAAAGUCAAAAGGUUGUAGUGAUGAAAGAAUCGAAACCGUGGGCAGUGAUAUACCGGAAGGAUCAUCUAAGGUGGAUCAG